AUGUACUAUAUUAACAGGGUUCUCAUCCCCCCUUUGGAACGAAUAUUCAACCUUGUUGGUGCGGAUGUCAAGCAAUGGUUCAACGAAAUGCCCAAACACGCUACAUUGGAAUUGGUUUCGCCUCGAAAGCCCAGAGCUGGGACGACAUCACAACCCGAGACGAUAGAAAGGAUUAACAUUGACGCUCAUUUUUUUAAUAAUCAAUGCCUUUCCUGCGGAGACCCUGCUGAUCAAAAGACAACCAUUGCAAACUUAAACUAUCGUAUCAGGUCCAGAGAAGAGCGACUGACAAACACUCAUCUCAUUUGUUCCACUUGCACAGGCUCUGCACCCCCCGAACCAAUACAUUGCGAAUCUUUGGACUGUCCGUGGUUCUAUGCCAGACGUAAAUCAGAAGCCGCGAUGGAGCUUAUUCCCCUGUUUAUAAAUCUGAUUGAAGAAAUUGAGGAGAGAGACAAAGAAAGUGACAAUGGAAGACAAAGCGAAAGUCUAGUUUAUGACCUUGAGGAAUCUUCGGCUUCAGAUUUCUACGUGGAAGAUUCAAUGGAAGAAUAA